GGCGGCGGCAGCGGCGCGGCGGCAGCAGCGGCAGCAGCAGCGGCGGCGGCUCGGACCCCCUCCCCCGGCGCCCCCAUCAGUGCAGCUCUCCGGGCGAUGCCAGAAUAGAUGCCGGGGCAAUGUCCCGCCGCAAACAGGGCAACCCGCAGCACUUGUCCCAGAGGGAGCUCAUCACCCCAGAACCUGACCAUGUGGAGGCCGCCAUCCUCGAAGAAGACGAGGGUCUGGAGAUAGAAGAGCCCAGCGGCCUGGGGCUGAUGGUGGCAGGCCCCGACCCUGACCUGCUCACCUGUGGACAGUGUCAGAUGAACUUCCCCCUGGGGGACAUCCUGGUUUUUAUAGAGCACAAGAAGAAGCAGUGUGGCGGCAGCCUGGGUGCCUGCUACGACAAAGGCCUGGACAAGGGCAGUCCGCCGCCCUCCUCACGCUCCGAGCUCAGGAAGGUGUCCGAGCCGGUGGAGAUCGGCAUCCAGGUCACCCCCGACGAAGAUGACCACCUGCUCUCGCCCACAAAAGGCAUCUGCCCCAAGCAGGAGAACAUGGCAGGGCCGUGCAGGCCUGCCCAGCCGCCAGCGAUGGCCCCCAUAGCUGCCUCCUCCUCCCACCCUCACACAUCCGUGAUCACUUCACCUCUGCGCGCCCUGGGCGCUCUGCCGUGCUGCAGCGCGCGCCCUGUCUCGGGUGACGGGACUCAGGGUGAGGGUCAGACGGAGGCUCCCUUUGGAUGCCAGUGUCAGUUGUCAGGUAAAGAUGAGCCUUCCAGCUACAUUUGCACAACAUGCAAGCAGCCCUUCAACAGCGCGUGGUUCUUGCUGCAGCACGCGCAGAACACGCACGGCUUCCGCAUCUACCUGGAGCCCGGGCCGGCCAGCAGCUCGCUCACGCCGCGGCUCACCAUCCCGCCGCCGCUGGGGCCCGAGGCCGUGGCCCAGUCCCCGCUCAUGAAUUUCCUGGGCGACAGCAACCCCUUCAACCUGCUGCGCAUGACGGGCCCCAUCCUGCGGGACCACCCGGGCUUCGGCGAGGGCCGCCUGCCCGGCACGCCGCCGCUCUUCAGCCCGCCGCCGCGCCACCACCUGGACCCGCACCGCCUCAGUGCCGAGGAGAUGGGACUCGUCGCCCAGCACCCCAGUGCCUUCGACCGAGUCAUGCGCCUGAACCCCAUGGCCAUCGACUCGCCCGCCAUGGACUUCUCGCGGCGGCUCCGCGAGCUGGCGGGCAACAGCUCCACGCCGCCGCCUGUGUCGCCGGGCCGCGGCAACCCUAUGCACCGGCUCCUGAACCCCUUCCAGCCCAGCCCCAAGUCCCCGUUCCUGAGCACGCCGCCGCUGCCGCCCAUGCCCCCCGGCGGCACGCCGCCCCCGCAGCCGCCCGCCAAGAGCAAGUCGUGCGAGUUCUGCGGCAAGACCUUCAAGUUCCAGAGCAAUCUCAUCGUGCACCGGCGCAGCCACACGGGCGAGAAGCCCUACAAGUGCCAGCUGUGCGACCACGCGUGCUCGCAGGCGAGCAAGCUCAAGCGCCACAUGAAGACGCACAUGCACAAGGCCGGCUCGCUGGCCGGCCGCUCCGACGACGGGCUCUCGGCCGCCAGCUCCCCGGAGCCCGGCACCAGCGAGCUGGCCGGCGAGGGCCUCAAGGCGGCCGACGGCGACUUCCGCCACCACGAGAGUGACCCGUCGCUGGGCCACGAGCCCGAGGAGGAGGAUGAAGAGGAGGAGGAGGAAGAGGAGGAGCUGCUGCUGGAGAACGAGAGCCGGCCCGAGUCGAGCUUCAGCAUGGACUCGGAGCUGAGCCGCAACCGUGAGAACGGGGGCGGCGGCGGCGGCGUGGCCGGCGUGCCGGGCGCGGGCGGCGCGGCCAAGGCGCUGGCCGACGAGAAGGCGCUGGUGCUGGGCAAGGUCAUGGAGAACGUGGGCCUGGGCGCGCUGCCGCAGUACGGCGAGCUGCUGGCCGACAAGCAGAAGCGCGGCGCCUUCCUGAAGCGCGCGGCGGGCGGCGACCCGGGCGACGACGACGACGCGGGCGGCUGCGGGGACGCGGGCCCGGGCGGCGCGGUCAACGGGCGCGGCGGCGGCUUCGCGCCGGGCGCCGAGCCCUUCCCGGGCCUCUUCCCGCGCAAGCCGGCGCCGCUGCCCAGCCCCGGGCUCAACAGCGCGGCCAAGCGCAUCAAGGUGGAGAAGGACCUGGAGCUGCCGCCCGCCGCGCUCAUCCCGUCCGAGAACGUGUACUCGCAGUGGCUCGUGGGCUACGCGGCGUCCCGGCACUUCAUGAAGGACCCCUUCCUGGGCUUCACGGACGCGCGCCAGUCGCCCUUCGCCACGUCGUCCGAGCACUCGUCCGAGAACGGCAGCCUGCGCUUCUCCACGCCGCCCGGGGACCUGCUGGACGGCGGCCUGUCGGGCCGCAGCGGCACGGCCAGCGGGGGCAGCACGCCGCACCUGGGUGGCCCGGGGCCCGGGCGGCCGAGCUCCAAGGAGGGCCGGCGCAGCGACACGUGCGAGUACUGCGGCAAGGUGUUCAAGAACUGCAGCAACCUGACGGUGCACCGGCGGAGCCACACCGGCGAGCGGCCUUACAAGUGCGAGCUGUGCAACUACGCGUGCGCGCAGAGCAGCAAGCUCACGCGCCACAUGAAGACGCACGGGCAGAUCGGCAAGGAGGUGUACCGCUGCGACAUCUGCCAGAUGCCCUUCAGCGUCUACAGCACCCUGGAGAAACACAUGAAAAAGUGGCACGGCGAGCACUUGCUGACUAACGACGUCAAAAUCGAGCAGGCCGAGAGGAGCUAAGCGCGCGCGGCCCCGGGCCCCCGCGCACCUGUACAGUGGCCCCGUUGCCAAGCGAGAGAAUGCUGACUUGCCGCCGCGUCGUUGUCGUCGUCGUCGUCGUCACCGCCACUCGGCAGCCCGGGGGAGGCGGCCCCUCCAACCUAACCUGUGUCUGCGAAGUCCUAUGGAAACCCGAGGGUUGAUUAAGGCAGUAAAAAUUGUGGAGCCUUUUAACUGUGCAAUAAUUUCUGUAUUUAUUGGGUUUUGUAAUUUUUUUGGCAUGUGCAGGUACUUUUUAUUAUUAUUCUUUCUGUUGAAAUUCCUUUAAGAGAUUUUGUUGGGUAGCCGUCCCUUCUUCAGUUUCUUCCUUUUUUUUUUUUUUUUUUUUAAACCCGGUAGUAGCCUGAGCAAUGACUCCCAAGCUAUCUAGAGGGGAAACAUUUUUUAAAUUAUAAUUUUGGGGGGGAGGGCGCUGCUUUUUUGAAAUCUAAGCUAAGCAUGUGUAAUUUCUUGUGAAGAAGCCAACACUUAAAUGACUUUGAAAGUUGUUUACUUUUUUAGUCCUCCUUUUUUCAGUCCUGAAAUAAAAAGUGGCAUGCUUUUUUUUUUUUUUUAAAGAGGGGGGGGUGCAGAUGUACAGCGAUAACAAUCUUUAAAGUUGUAGCACUUUGUUUCAGAUUUGGAAUAUGGGGAAGCAGCACUGAUGUUGUCCCAAGUAACAGAGGCCUUUUCUGUGUUGAUUUCAACCCUACCGUACAUGAGGAAACCUUUGCGCGGUGGUGGCCGUGGGGGGAGAGGCCCCCCUACCCACCAAAAAACCUCAGCACUGCCAGAGACGCAGGGGUUUUUGAGGGAGAUGGCCCAAGAGCGUUCUAAAACUGUGCAUUUCUGGCCGAUCUUCUCCAUUUCUUGGAAUGUCGAUGUGCCCUGAGAUGCCCCCUUCGCUAUUUGCGGUAGAUUAGACUGUCUACCAUGGGCUGGGGAUACUUUUGGGGGGUGGAUGGUGGUGGCCCGCAGGGACUCCAAACACAAGAAACCAGCGGUGUCCUUUCAGGUGUCUCCUGGCUUGACUGCUUCUCUCUAGCUUUUUUAUCACCCCCACCACAGAAAUCCUAAGUCACACGUUGCUACAGGGGACAACCGAUCGUUUCUCAAGCAGACAAGUGUCCUGAUGGCAAAAUGAGGGAAGUUCGCAUUCUCUCUUGUCAUGCAUCCUGAUGCCAUGGUGCAGACAGGCAGGGGGAAAUCUCGUGAAUUUCAGUUCCCUUUUUACCGGAAAUCGGGAAGAGUUCCACCCGGAGGUACCCAGCGCUACUUCCCAGGUUUUUUUUGGUGUGUGUGUUUUUUGUUUGUUUGUUUGUUUGUUUUUCUGUCCCAUUAGGUUGGAAAGUACUAAACAUUGGAGUGUUGAGAUUAGACAUUUGGAUUCUGUUGACCCGCACUUUAAAGCUUUUGUUUGCAUUUAAAUUAAAUGGCUUCUAAACAAGAAAUUGCAGCAUCUUCUUCAUUUUGGCCCAGAGGUGGGUUAAACUGCAAGGGACCGCUGAGAUUGAGUGUCAGUAUUGCUAAGCGUGGCAUUCACAAUACUGGCACUAUAAAGAACAAAAUAAAAUAAUAAUUUAUUGGACAGUUUUUCUACUGCCAUUCAAUUUGAUGUGAGUGCCUUGAAAACUGAUCUUCCUAUUUGAGUCUCUUGAGACAAAUGCAAAACCUUUUUUUUUUUUUUUUGAAAUGAAAAGACUUUUUAAAAAAGUAAAACGAGAAAAGUACAUUUCUUUAGAAACAAACAAAGCCACAUUUCCUUUAAAUAAAUUUUUAAAAAUCCUGGUUGAAGACAUGACAAUGCCAUAAGACCCAAUCAAAUGAAGAAAUAAACCCAGCACAACCUUGGACAUCAUUAGCUGAAUUAUCCUCAGCCCCUUUUGUCUGUGGGACAACGCUGCUUACAUGUGGAGUGGAGGUGAUUUACUGCUGAAUUAAAACUCAAGUGACACAAGUUACAAGUUGCUAUCGUUGAAUGAAAAAACAAAAACAAUUCAGGAACAACGGCUAAUUUUUUUCUAAAGUUAAAUUUAGUGCACUCUGUCUUAAAAAUACGUUUACAGUAUUGGAUACAUACAAGGGUAAAAAAAAAUUGUGUGUAUGUGUGUUGGAGCGAUCAUUUUUUUUUUCAAAGUUUGCUUAAUAGGUUACAAAAAAAAAAUGCCACAACGGCUGCGUGUAUAUUGUUUUCUUUUGGUGACGGGGUUUUAGUAUAUAUUAUAUAUAUUAAAAUUUCUUGAUUACUGUAAAAGUGGACCAGUAUUUGUAAUAAUCGAGAAUGCCUGGGCAUUUGACAAAACAAGAAAAAAAAAAACCCUUUUCUUUUCCUUGAAAAUGUUGCAGUAAAAUUUAAAUGGUGGGUCUCUAAUAAUUUGUUCUUGUCACAGUAACUGUAAAGUCGGAGUUUUAGUAAAUUUUUUUCUGCCUUGGGUGUUGAAUUUUUAUUUCAAAAAAAAAUGUAUAGAAACUUGUAUUGGGGGAUUAAAAGGGGAUUGCUACACCAUGUAGAAAAAGUAUGUAGAAAAAAAAGUGCUUAAUAUUGUUAUUGCUUUGCAGAGAAAAAAAAAAAGUCCACAUUUCUGAUCUGUACUUAUUUUUCUCCUCCCACCUCCCUCUGGAAUGGAUAUAUUGGUUGGUUCAUAUAAUGUAGGCACUUGCUGUAUUUUUACUGGAGCUUGUAAUUUUUUAACUGUAAGCUUGUCCUUUUAAAGGGAUUUAAUGUACCUUUUUGUUAGUGAAUUUGGAAAUAAAAAGAAAAAAAAAACAAAAACAAGCAGGCUGCCAUAAUAUAUUUUUUUAAUUUGGCAGGAUAAAAUAUUGCAAAAAAAAAAAUUUGUAUGUUAAGUCCUAUUGUACAGGAGAAAAAAAAAAAAAAGGUUGUUUGACAACCUCUGAGGAAAAGAAACAAAAGGAAGUAGGUAAAUGCUUUGGUUCACAAAUCAUUUUAGUUGUAUAUAUUUUUGUCAGAAUUGGCCUCGACAAAGGACUGUUGGAAUAGUUAGGGCUUCACUCUGAACGCCCCCAACCUUGCAUCAAGGCUCCCUGGUGUGGCCACAGCAGACCAGACGGGAAAUUCUGCACUCGUGUUGAGUGGAAAAAUCAGUUUCUGUAAAGACGUCGGUAACAUUUCACAGUCCUCCUUUCUCUCCGAGGCCAUCGUAAGGGUGGCAGCUGUGGAGGAAAAGAGGCCAAAAGCAUCUUCCUCCUCUGCUGUCACCACCGUGGCGUUGCCACCGCCACAUCUCCCGCCCUUCAGAGCAGAAAGAAGUGCACACCGAGCUUCCUUUAGUCCUUGAGAAAACAUUAAACAGAAAAAUGUAAUAAAGGGAGCUGGCGUAUCAGGCGCAGGUGACGUAUUCUGUGGCUGGGACCAGCGCAAAUCAAAUCGGAUUUCAGGAAGGCGUCCCUGUCACAACCAGGACCUUAUAUUCCAUGGAGAGGGUUGGCCUGUUGUCUUUCUUACCUGCUUUGCUGCUUUUCUCUCCGAAACCUACAUUCCGUCAGUUUCCGAAUGCCUAGGGCCUGGGCUGAAUUCGGUGCCUUUCCAUAGCUCUUUCUCUUUGCUUCUUCUGCAUUUCCUCUCCAUCCUCCAGCCUCUGUCGGUCUUUGAUUUGUCCUUUCCAUUUUUAUUUGAUUUAUUUCUCCCUUUCUGUCCCCCCCCCCCUUUUUUUUUGUAAAGCCAGGUAGCUUUAAGAUAAUAAACUGGUGGUUUUUUGGAUGAGGGAAUAAUACAUUUUUUAAAAAAACCUAUAUCAGGAAGUCUUUUUUUUUUUUUUUUUUAAUUUCAGGAACUCUAAGAAACCAUUAUUUCAGGUUAUGAAAGUAUAACCAAGCAUCCUUUUGGGCAGUUCUUUACCAAAUGCAGAAAUCUUUCCUCUGGGCGCUCUUCUGUUCCACACGCCCUUUCCUUCUUGCCACUUACCUUUGCAAAGUGCAAAGAAAAGGGGAGGAAGUACGAGAUAAAGCUGAGAUGUCCCUGUCCUGCCUGCUUGUCCCCAAGACCCGGGGGCUGCCCUGGAUGCCCCGGGAAGGUCCCCGAGAGCCUCGGUCUUGAUCCUCCCGUAGUUACCAAUGCUAGCCAGCGCGCGCCAGCCCGUGCAAAGUCACCCCAAUGCCAGGACUAAGCCAUCCUAAAGCACAAAGAUUGUGUCUCUGUCGAUGACGAAGGCAGAGAAAAGAGUACGUGGCUUCUCUUUCAUGUUUAAAAAGCCAACGCUGAAGCAGACGACUCCGUGUGAGAGAGGCCUGAGCCCCGGGGAGGGGUGGGGACCCAGCCGACCUCAGGCUGGUUUCCAUGCUGCCACCACUUGGUGCAAAGCUGCCCCAAAUUGGAACCUGCCACUUGCCAUUGGAGGGUCUUUCAUGGGGAGAGGAGGAGGCUGAAUUCCUCUAGGCAAAAUGUGAAAAGUAGGGAAAUGGGCCUUUUUGUCCCGGUCCUGAGUGACAGUCAAAGGCUUUUUUGGAACACAGACAAACCCAUGACUUUGGUGCUCUUUGUAUCAGCCUUGUGAAGCAAAGUUACAUUGAGUUAAGUAUUUGCAUUUGUACUGGCAAGGCGAAAUAUUUUUACUACCUUUUCUAUUAUUGUAUGAGCUUUUGUUGUUUACCUGGAGGUUCUGUCUUUUACUACAAGUUUGGAACUAUUUAUUAUUGCUUGGUAUUUGUGCUCUGUUUAAGAAACAGGCACUUUUUUUUUUAUUAUUAUGGAUAAAAUGUUGAGAUGACAGGAGGUCAUUUCAAUAUGGCUUAGUAAAAUAUUUAUUGUUUCUUUUAUUCUCUGUACAAGAUUUGGGGCCUCUUCUUUUUCCCCUUAAUGUCACAAUGUUGAGUUCAGCAUGUCUGCCAUUUCAUUUGUACGCUUGUUCAAAACCAAGUUUGUUCUGGUUUCAAGUUAUAAAAAUAAAUUGGACAUUUAACUUGA